AAUGUCUGCAAUGAUGUGCCGAAUGACCAGAAUAUUCCGGAAGGCGUUCAACUCAAUUACGAGCAGAACUUUAUGGACGCGAUGCAGAUAUUGCCUAAACUGCCAAAAGGACUCGACGUUAACGUUAGAUUCUCCGGUGUAUCGGACUUUGAAUAUACGCCCGAAUGCAUUGUCUUUGAUUUACUUCACAUUCCUCUAUACCACGGAUGGCUCGUCGACCCAACCGACGGCCCAUCGCUGGCAGCCAUUGGGAACUGUAGUUAUAAUCAAUUAGUCGAUAAAAUUAUUAAUAAUAAGACUUCAUUACACCCACAACUUGUGACCGAUGCACUAAUCGCCGAAGAGUUCUUAGAGAACAGCGCUUCGCAACUGACUAAUUAUGGUCUCCAAGAACUGGUUAAUCAUCUCAAAGAACAAGAAUUAUGCGUUUUGUUUAGGAAUAAUCAUUUCAUAGUUUUAUACAAACAUAAGAAUCAAUUGUAUCAACUCGUGACAGACCAGGGAUUCAUUAUUGAGAAUAACGUGGUUUGGGAGACACUAAACAACAUUGAAGGGGACACUCAGUUCGUCGACGGAGACUUUGUUUUGGUUCCCCCGAAGCCGGCGCUCACGACACCCGUUGUUUCUCAACAACAAAUAGAUCAGGAUUAUUUAGUGGCUCUUAGUCUUCAAGAAGAACAUAAGCGUCAAAUUGAGACCAGCAAAGAAUGGGAUCAGUUUAAGCACGAGUCAGGUAUGGAAGGGCUCACUGACGAAGAAUUAGCCAAACGAUUGCAAGAAGAAGAGGACAAACGAUACGCUCAAAUGAGACAGAAUGAAGAGCAACAGCCGCAGCCACAACCACAACAACAACCGCCACACCUUAGAGGCGCUGUCGUUCAUCCAAACAGUCAAAACAUUAGUCUUCAGCAAAGAAGAAGCACUAAUGGCAGCUCUGAGGACAGCGAGAACGACGGCUCAAACAAGAGUAAAAGCAAAAAUGUGAGUCUCAUUGCAAUCCAUUUGAUUGAAUACUGA